UUCGAAAGUUCAAUUUGGUUCAAUUUCGCAUGGCGGACGUGCAAGUGAACUCUGUUAUUUGUUGGUGAUAAUUUCAUUUAUUAUCUCGUUGUGAUUCCCUAUGGAAAGACUAAUUCUGAUGCUUCUAUUUCUUUGUGGACGUGCUUUAUUCAUUCCUUAACGUUAGAUGAUGCUUAAGUUUUAUUUAUAGUUGCAUUUGUGUGAACUGCAUAGUGUUUCUCAAAAAUGGGAAAAUGUGACGAAGCUAACGUCGAAGUUAGCAUGGGGGACUCGGCGUCCCCUGCUAUGAAACCUGAUAAUUUCUCGUUCACCCCGCCUCCAGAGGCCCCAGUGUUCGAACCCACGCCAGAAGAGUUCCUGGACCCCCUGGCAUACAUCAGCAAAAUACGACCAAUCGCUGAGAAAUCGGGCAUUUGCAAGAUAAAACCACCAGCGCAUUGGCAGCCACCGUUUGCCGUGGAUGUUGACCGGUUACGUUUCACACCGAGGAUACAGAGACUGAAUGAAUUGGAGGCGAUAACCCGGGUGAAGCUGAACUUCCUGGACCAGAUCAUCAAGUUCUGGGAGCUGCAGGGCUCUGUCCUCAAGAUCCCCACUGUGGAACGGAAGCCACUCGACCUUUAUGCUCUACACAAGAUUGUUAAAGAAGCAGGUGGUUUCGAAGUAUGUUCAGCGGAGCGCAAGUGGUCGAAGGUGGCGCGGCGCAUGGGCUUCCCCCAGGGUAAAGGCAUCGGCUCCAUACUCAAGAACCACUAUGAGAAGAUCUUAUACAGAUACGAUGUGUUCAAGAAUAAUGGCGCUGUCGAUAAUAAGGAUACUAAAAUCGAGGUCAAAGGCGACCAAACACCAGAAAAGGCAGGUGGUGCCCGCAGUCGUUCGACUAGCAAAUGCACGGCGGCCGCCACCCCGCCCCCCGCGCGCCGGUUUAAACCGGAUCCCGACGGACCGACCCCCUCGGAGACCGUACCGGCGGACCGAACCCCUUUACAGCUUCAGGAAGAAGCUAUGAAGACUCCUGUGAAGGAAGAGAACCCAGAAACUAGGAGAAGUCCUCGCGAAAACAAAUGGAUGUCAGCUGCCGGCAGCUGCGGUGCCCGGUCCCGGGUGACGCGAUCAACACGCCUGCGCGAACAUCGCAUGUCCAACAUGACGGUGUCCGUCACGCCCGCACCGCCUUCAAGUCACGCGUUGCACCCGGAUGACCCGUUGGCGAAGUACAUGUGCCACGUUUGCGGUCGCGGCGACGUAGAAGAACAGAUGCUGCUCUGCGACGGAUGUGACGACUCCUACCACACCUUCUGUCUGCUGCCGCCGCUCGCUGACGUGCCUAAGGGCGACUGGAGGUGCCCCGUGUGCUUGGCUGAGGAGGUAUCAAAACCGACGGAAGCGUUCGGCUUCGAGCAGGCGACGCGAGAGUAUACUCUACAACAGUUCGGAGAGAUGGCCGACCAGUUCAAAUCUGAUUACUUCAAUAUGCCUGUUCAUAUGGUGCCAACAUCGACGGUGGAGAAAGAGUUUUGGCGCGUAGUAUCAUCUAUUGAUGAGGAUGUCACCGUGGAGUAUGGCGCCGACCUGCAUUCUAUGGACCAUGGAUCUGGUUUCCCCACAAAGUCUCAUGCUCAGCUGUACCCUGGAGAGCAGCAGUACGCGGAGUCGAGCUGGAACCUCAACAACCUGCCCGUGCUCGAGGGCUCCGUGCUCGGACACAUCAACGCCGACAUCUCCGGGAUGAAGAUCCCCUGGCUGUACGUGGGUAUGUGCUUCGCGACGUUCUGCUGGCACAACGAGGACCACUGGAGCUACUCCAUCAACUACCUGCACUGGGGAGAGCCCAAGACUUGGUACGGCGUCCCCAGCUCGAAGGCGGAACAGUUCGAGGCUGCGAUGAAGGCGGAGGCGCCGGAGCUGUUCCAGCUGCAGCCGGACCUGCUGCAUCAGCUCGUCACCAUCAUGAACCCUAACGUGCUCAUGAAGGCUGGAGUGCCUGUCUAUAGAAUGGACCAACACGCGGGCGAGUUCGUGAUCACGUUCCCGCGCGCCUACCACGCCGGCUUCAACCAGGGAUACAACUUCGCUGAGGCGGUUAACUUUACACCUGCUGAUUGGCUUAAAAUGGGCCGCGAAUGCAUCGCCCACUACUCCACCCUGCGCCGCAACUGCGUGUUCUCGCACGAUGAGCUGGUCUGCAAGAUGGCGCUGACUGCCGAUACCCUCAGCCUGACGGUGGCUUUAGCUGCUUAUAGAGAUAUGAGGACUAUGCUGCAUGAUGAGAGAAAGCUGAGGAAGGGGCUGCUGGAUUGGGGUGUAACGGAAGCAGAACGCGAAGCCUUCGAGCUGCUGCCGGACGACGAGCGGCAGUGCCAGCUGUGCAAGACGACGUGCUUCCUGUCGUGCGUGACGUGCUCGUGCACGCCGCACGUGGCGUGUCUGCGCCACUACACGCAGCUCUGCGACUGUGUGCCGCACAAGCACAAGCUCAGAUACCGCUACACCCUCGACGAGCUGCCUGCCAUGCUGGAGAAGCUGAAGAAGAAGUCUGAGCAGUUCCGCGAGUGGGCGGAGGCGGUGCAGAACGCUCUCGACCCUGACACGCCCAAGACCUGCGACCUGGACGGGCUGAGGGCCCAUCUUAAGAGGGCUCAUGAUCUCAAGAUGCACAAAACAGAGCUAGUCCGAGCUCUAGAGACAGCCAUCGAGGACGCGGAGAAGUGCGCGUCAGUGAUCGCGCAGCUGGACCUCAACAAGAUGCGCACGCGCACGCGCCAGCACGACCCCAAGUACCGCCUCACCAUACACGAGCUCACGCUGUUUGCCGCAGAGAUAGACGGCCUGGCCUGUGUGCUGCCUGAAGGAUCAGCAGUAAAAGAAGUGUUACGACAAACAUCGGAGUUCGAGACUCGAGCCACGGAACUACUGAACAAAGAUUUAGACAAGACAGAUCAAACUUACGUCAGAGAACUAGAAGAGACAUCAGAACUCGGCUCCCGUCUCUGCAUAGUCCUCCCCGCGCUUCCCGCCCUACAGGCCAGACUCGCCCAGGUUCGGUUCCUGGAGGAAGUCCGCACCUACCGGGAGGACUGCUCCACUCUCACGAGGGACGUUAUACAGCGUCUACUGAACGAUGCGGACAAUGUUGUGCCUCAUCAUAGGGUGGAAAUGGAGAGGUCGCUGUUGUAUAAGUUGAAAGCACAAGUCGAAGAAUGGGAAACCCGAGCUCGUGCAGUUCUAAUCGACACCUCAAAACACCCUCAACCGGAUGAAGAACCCCAGUACACGACGCUGUCGGAGCUGGACGCGCUGCUGGCCGACGGCGAGGAGAUCGAGGCCGCUCUGCCGUCCUACCACGCGCUGCAGACUGCCGUCUCGCAUGCCAGGGACUGGCUCAACAAGGUGGAAGAAAUGCAAUCGAAAGAGCUGUAUCCGUACAUGCACAGUGUGGAGAGCAUCGUGAAGAAGGGCCAGCAGAUCCCGCUGCAGCUGUACGAGAAGCACCAGCUGCAGCAGGCGCUGCACUCGGCGCGGGACUGGCAGCGCGGGGCCGCUGACAUGUUCCUCAAACAGAACUGGCAGUACACACUACUAGAAGCCCUAUCGCCGCGAGUGGAGGCUGGCGGCGCGGAGGGCGGGCGGCGGCGGGCGCGGGCGGGCGAGGCGUCGUCGCUGGAGGCGGGGCUGUUCCUGCGCCACUUCAGCGAGGACUCCACGCCCACCGACAUCGUGCAGGCCUUCAAGCACGCCGAGCAGCAGGAGCUGCAUGCUAUUAAGGAGCUCAGAGCCCGCAACUUGCGCAAGGAGGUGCGGGCGCCGGUGUCUGCGGGCGUGACGUUCUGCACGUGCCAGAAGCGCCAGUACGGCGUCAUGACGCAGUGCGAGCUCUGCAAGGACUGGUUCCAUGCAUCCUGUAUAGCAGCAUCUAAAGAAGAUCGCGAGGAAUCCCCGGAGAGGAUAGAAGUUCCCUUCCCCAACACCGAACCCAAGUUCCUAUGUUCCGACUGCAUGCGGACCAAACGACCCAGGCUUGAUCGUAUACUCGCAUUACUGGUAUGGCUACAAAAGUUACCAGUCCGUCUAGCGGAGGGCGAAGCCUUACAGUGCGUGACGGAGCGCGCCAUGGCGUGGCAGGACUCCGCCCGCGCAUUGCUAGCCAGCCCGCUGCUCGCCUCGCUGCCCGCGCUGCCCGCACUCUCCUGCAGUCGGGAGAAGGCCGACAAGCUUAACGCUGAGCUCAAGAAGGCUACCGGAAGAGCACAUGAUUCACAUAAUGCACAAAAUGCCAGAUCAUCAGCGAGUGUGGAGCACGCGUACAGUGCGACGCCGCGCUCACCGGGCGCGAGAGUCGCUCCCGGACUACUGCAGAAAUUAGAAGAUCUUAUGCUGGAGGGAGAUUUGUUAGAGGUACGUCUAGAAGAGCAAGCAUCAGUCUGGGGCGCCGUCCUAGCCUGCAGGGGUGCGGAGGGGCGGCGCGCGGCGCGGCACGACGCGGGGCGGCGCAAGCGACACCAGCGCGCGCCCAGGCACCAUCACCAGCUCAAGAGGACCAGGACUAGGCAUCAUCAUGUACAACCGACUGCAAAACCAACGCUCAAACGAGGCACAGCAACCACCACAAACUAUCUAAAUAGGAAACAGGGAGUAUCAUCAGGCUCAGGUCUGAUGAUGCGUAAGCACUACAUGGCGCGACAGGAGCGGCGCAAGCGAGGACUCGCCGCCACCACACGAGGGAAGCAUCCACGACAGACUAGGAUGGCCGGAGCCCGAGCGGCAGCAGGCGCGGGUGGCGCGGGCAGCACGGCUCGCGGCGCGGCGUCGCGGCGCAGCAGCUCGUCGUCGGCGUCGUCGGCGGAGGACGACGAGGACUGCGCCGCGCACAACUGCCUCAGGCCCACUGGCAAAGUCGACUGGGUGCAAUGCGACGGCGGCUGCGACCAGUGGUUCCACAUGCAUUGCGUCGGCCUCUCCCGCGCAGCCCUGCGGGACGACGACGACUACGUCUGCGGCACCUGCGCCCGCGGGCCCCGCCAGUAGGGGCCCAGGGACCCGGGGCCCGGGGCCUGCCUUCAUGGACUAUGUGGAAGUAGUUGACUGACAGUGAUGUGGUUCUAACACGGAAUAUUUAAUGGGUUUCAUUUCUAUUGUUGAAAUUGACAGUGGUGAGAAGUAAUGUAAUGGAAUAUAGUCGAGAACUAAAUAAAAUUGUUUUGACAACUAAAUCAAUUUAUACAAACAUGUCGAAAUAAAUUAAGGUGAACAUACUUGACUAUAUUCCAAUAUGUUUACUUGAUCCUAACACAGAUUACAUGAAUAAUGUCCAUAAAUUGGUAUUCAGAACAUUUCUGAAAGUAAAUUGAACAUACAGAGUUGUAAUAAGAAGUUUCGAGCAAAUAUGAUAUUUGAGAAAGUAUGAUUCAAAAUCUUUGUUAUAUUCAGUCAGACAAUUUAAAGACUUAAUAAAUAUACGUACUAACUAAAACAGAUUAUACAUACAUGUCAUAUUCGCUCGAUUCUUCCUCAAUUUCCGGAAGGGUAGAGAGACAAAAGUAGGCACAACUUGAUAGCAAUUGAUUUACUGAACGCGACAAAUUGACGCUUAUUGCCAAGUCAUACGAUUGAUUUUACAAUGAAAGAGUUAUUACUUAGCGAAAAGCAUUUUCGAGCAAGUACUGCAGUCCAAUGAGUUUUUGCAGUGUUGAUAUGACAAGAGAAAUGUUACCAGCGCUAAAAUCACAAAAUAUUAAUUGUAGUUCAAAUAAAUGUUUUCAAAUUAUCUCAAUGUGGUUUAAAACAGAUUUAAAUGAAUUUUUAAGCCUUCAUUUAUUAUGACACAGGAAACCAAGUUAAAUAUGAUAUUUGCCAGUUUGAAAUAAUUGCUACAUUUGCCAAGAUAAUUAAAAUAAAAGACUACUAUGUCGAAAUAAAAUGUGUCAUGAUAAAGAUGAGCUCAGUAGUGAAUUUAAAAGUCAUUCAAUGUUUUAAUAGGUGUUCAAAUAUAAUUCAAUUUUGCUGUUAUUGAUAUGGUAUUAGUUGUCAGACACUUGGACGUAAAAUCGGUGUAUGUAGUGUCCCCCCACUCCCCGAAUAAGGGGGAAUAUUUACUAUAGGGGUGACUAGAAGGGGAGUAUAUAUCGAUGUGUCUUAGAAAUGGUGCCCUAGGUUAGCGUACUAUUUUCGAAAGAACCCAUAUGAAGAUAUUUAUGAAACGUUGCCAAGUUACCUAAAGUUGAAUGUUAUUUCAACAUGAACUAUUGAGUCAUUUAACGAUCAAAUGAUUGAGAAAGGUGUAUAGAAUAUAAUUGCUAUUCAAAGAUUGCAAAAUAUAGUCAAGACCGCAGAUAAGCUGUGAUAAACUUGUAUAUAAAAGACCUAUAAAUAUACAAUUAAAAGCUUGUUACUACACAACAAAAAACUUAUACGAGAUGUUAUCCACCCCUACAGUAAAUAUUCCAUCCCAAAUAUAUUCAAUAUCGAUGUUAAACCAAUGUUGUUGUUAAAAUAUAUUAGCAAAAUAUACAUGUCUCUCUCUCUCUUUACAAGGAUGGUAUCUUCCGAGCGCGUGCGAGCGGGAUAGCUAGAGUUAUUAUUUUUAUUACUCGUGACAAAUAAUUAAGGUAUCGGGACUGGGAAAAUUGUAAAAUUAUGUAUUAUAUGUAAAUGUAAAGGGACUAGCGUAAGAAAGUCGCAAAAUAUCGUAUCGGUUGAUAGGAUAAAACAUAAGUUUUGUAAGUAUGACUAGUCCUUAACCGUUUUUUUUUGGUAUUAAAUCUUUUGGAAUUCGAUCAUAGAUAUAAAAUCAUUGUAGCAAAAUUAUUGCUUGAACGCAUAUUUUUUCAAAUGAAGUAAUCUUGUGAUCUUGCAUGUAAUAAGGCCCAUCUCAUAAGUUUUGAUACCAAAUUAAUUGUUAAUUGAAAUUAUAAAUAUAUCUAUGUAUAAAUGCAUUUUCCAGUCCUGUCGAAUGUUAAUAUUGAAUGUAGCCAAAUAUUUUAAGUGUUUUUUUUACUGAUUUUGUACUUUAUUUAUUUUGCUACAAUAUCGUUUAAAAUUAGUGAAUCUUAUAUCAUUUUGAUUAAUUAAUAUUAACUAUUUGUAUUCUUAGACUAAUUCUUAUUUUAUUUAAAAAGUUUUUUUUUUAACCAAUCUUUUUGUAUUUUAUUGAGUUUGGCCACAUUCAUGUUAAUGUUAUAAGAAUGACGCAAGUUGACAAGGUCUCUGGUUAGACGAGAACAUUUUGUAAAUAUUUUUUAAAAAAACUUUAGCGAAAAAAAUUAAAAAGUUUUUAUUGUAAUGGAAAUUUUUGCAAGAAACUGAUAGUGUAAGUAGGUGUGUGUGUGAGGCGUGUUUGUGUGUGAAAUAAGGCACUGUCGAACUACCACAAUACACGGCAACAAUAUGGAAACAAACAAUAAAAAAUAACCCACUCGAUGUGCCGAAAAUGACAAAAAAUCUAUCAAAUAUGUCUAAACAGAAUUUACAGAAUAAAGAAAAAAAAAACAAAUGUCGACGAGCUGAAUAGUUACAUUCACUUUUCUAUAACAUUUUACACUGUUACACUAAAACAUUAUUAAGUUUAUGUAAAGUAAUCGUGGUUGCUCUGUAUUUAUAUUACUCUAAACAUUUCGAUCGAAACUUUACAUCUAUCAACAUUAAACUUAAAAACAUUCUGCAUUAGUAUUUGUACAGAUAAAUACACACACAACACAAACUAGAGAAGGUACUUACGACGGCAUAUAAGUUACAGUUUACAAAAUUAUUUAUGUUGAUAGGGAAGAUAUGGCACAGUCACCUCGUUGCUUGAGUUCCAAGACCAAUUAGUACCCUACGUCUGCUUGAUAUUGGUCGAAUCGUUUAUCAUAUUGUAAAUAAUGUUUAAAUGUAGUUCGAUGUAUGUAUAUUGAGGCGCCGACGCCAUACUUGUUAGCGUAAUGUUGUAAGAGCUUGCGACCCUGUCGCCUAACCAUUUGUAAGAAAAUAUUAAUGACAACUCACACUAACCACACACAUUGUUCCACAAAUGCGUCUGGCACGUGUGAGUUGACCUUAAUCACAUAUUUUUACAGAUAUUAAAAAAAAUGUCUUCAGAGAAUUUUGAGGUAUUUUUAAGUAUAUUUGACUGAAUUAGUAUCUGUUCUAAUAUGUUUGUAUGGAGAAUAUUUAUGCACUGGCCUUCCUUUUGUGAAUCAAUGUUUAUAUGAUAGUUUAUGUUAAGACGAUUAAAUAAAGCUAAUACCUUACCA